ACUCGUUCUCACUGGCUCUCAGGCCUGUGUGUGUCUGUGAGAUGAACCAUUUCAGAGCGACCACCAGUGAGCAAACCUCCAUUAACUCCCUCAGAUCCAGAUCCAGGCUGCUGCAUAUUAUACAGUAUAGUGCGCUUUGAAAUUCAACACAAGGAUGGUUGGAGAGAAGCUGGUGGCUUACAUGUUGGUCAGUGUGUUAGGUCUGGCACUAUUGAGGUCAGUGUUUGGUCAGCAUAUGCCAGAAGAACCUUGCUCAGUGCAGAUCCUCGUCCCUGGGCUCAAAGGUGAAGCAGGAGAGAAAGGAGAGAAAGGAGCACCUGGAAGGCCUGGGAGAGUCGGGCCAUCAGGAGAGCAAGGUCCCCCUGGAGACAAAGGGCAAAAAGGCAGUCCAGGACGUUAUGGAAAGAUGGGUCCCACUGGGCCCAAAGGUUUAAAAGGUGAUAUGGGGGAUCCAGGACCCAAGGGCCCAAAUGGAGAGCCAGGCGUCCCCUGCGAGUGCGCACCCUUACGGAAAAUGAUUGGAGAAAUGGAUAUUCAAGUGGUGCAAUUAACCAAUGAGCUGAAGUUCAUUAAAAAUGCUGUCGCCGGCAUCAAAGAGACAGACAGCAAGGUCUAUCUGCUUGUGAAGGAGGAGAAGCGCUACCGGGAAGCGGAGGUGUUUUGUCAGGGCCGAGGUGGACACCUGGCUAUGCCCAAAGAUGCGGCAGCUAACAGAGCCAUCGCCGGCUACGUGACUGACGCGGGCCUCAGUCGCGUGUACAUCGGCAUUAAUGACCUGGAGCGAGAAGGCCACUUUGUUUAUGUGGAGCGCUCACCCAUGACCACUUUCAGCAGGUGGAGGGAGGGUGAGCCCAACAACGCGUACGACGACGAGGACUGUGUGGAGAUGGUGUCUUCAGGAGAGUGGAUUGAUGUCGCUUGUCAACUCACCAUGUACUUCGUGUGUGAGUUUGACAAGGACACCGUUUGAGCUUCACUGCGCAUCUGUAGAGGGGGGAAAGUCAAGUGUUUAAAAUACUCCAGUGGCAAAUUUCAAAGAGAAAAGGCUACUUUUGUUAUAUCUAUGGUAUAUGAUGUGUUUUAUGUAUAGUUGUUAAAACAACAAUUAAGUAUUAUUUUUAUGCACUAUAUAUUGUAUUUUCCUGAAGUUUGGGUUUUGGAGAUUUGAAAUGUUCUAGUCUCUAAUAUCCAACAAGACUGGAUUUAUGUGAUCCAAUAUACAGUUAAACACAAAUAUAUGUUUUAUAUUUAUAUGAUUGCUAAAUAGUUCUUCCAAAAACAGGCCCAUAGCCAGCCUGGUGAAAGUGGUGUUUUUUUUUUCACGAAAAGUGGACCUUUUUGCAGUUAAUUGCCUCAUUUUCUAUUUAAUUAUGAGAUUCAAAUACUGCAUUUUAUUGACAUUUUAAGCACUGUUUUUAGCUGAAUUAACCUGUCGGAUGGUCAUCAUAAUCACACUUUUUGAUGUAUCAAAUAUUUACUAAAGAUUUAGAAUACAGAUUUUAAAAUACAAAUUAAUUACAUUAUUAAUCAUUAAGAAAAAGAUUUAAUCUGUUAAUGUUUAAAAAAAAAACCUGUAGCCUAUUGUCAUUUAUUAGGAAAAUAACAAACUGGCCAGCAAAUUCAAUUUUCCUAUUCCAAUAAAAAGUAAUUAAAAGAUUUAGAAUAAACGUUACUUGUAAAAUGUUUUCUCAAUUUAAAAACAAUACAGUGGUGAAAGAAGACUUCUCUUACUUAGAUUGUGUGUUUUCUUGCACAGCUUGAUGAAAAAUAUUUGUUAGCAUUGGCCAAAACUAGCUAGCUGAAGUCACACCGAAGCCACAGCCAACAGAGGAUUCCACUUAGUCUUAAAGCCUUUUUCGUGAGGGCUAUUAUCACUAUUUAUGAUGGCAUAGCAGUCAGAAUAGGACAAUUGAGCUCGUUAUGGAAGAAAUUCUGGACCUUUGUCAGUGAGGGGUGGGUUUUCCGUAUCACCCCGAACCCUGUCACAAGAAAAAAAAAAAAAAAUCAAAUUGUCAUAAUUUACACAACCUUUACAUGUUUCAAACCUUUAUGAGUUGCUUUGAAUCUGUUGAACACUAAAUAAUAAUAUAUUCUGAAUAAAUACAAAAUUUUGGGUGAACUGUCCCUUUUAAUUUGCCAUAAUUUGAGUCUUUAUUGCCACAUGAUCAUUUAGAAAUCAUUCUGACAUUUUUAUUGGAUUAUUAUUUUUAUUAUAUUAUUAGAACAUUUAAACAGAGUUGUACUAGGUAUUUUUGUGGAAACCCUUUUUUGUAAUAUCUGAGAAAUAGACCAUAAUACUGACGAGAAAUACAGGUACUGCCAUUUGUGAAUAUUACUGUACAGUACAUGCCGCUUAAAUGAAUUUUAAGAAGGUUACUUGCAUUUACUUUUAGGUAUUUUUGUAAAACGCCAGACAUAAUUGUGAAAGUUAUACGAAUGUGAAAGUCAUUUAAAUUACUAAACUGCAUUUAAAUGUGAUAAUGAACUGUUUGUGUAAUUAUAUGUGCUAAUUUAAAUUCCACUGAUUUGUCCUUCUUUGUGUUUCCUUUUACUUGCUUUCUUUUCUGCCACUGGAAUUUGAAUUAGCUGUUUUAUUAAUUUACUGAACAGGUCAGAAUACUAAUAUUAUUAAAGCAAACUUAACUUGCAUUAUAUUUUUCCUCUAGAUGGAACUGCCAGAUUGAGGUUAGACUUUAUAUUUUUAUAAUAUCCAAACACUGUUUAUUUCUGCAAUAAAAUUACUGUCCCUGAUUA